GAUUUCAGCAAGUAAAGUCGGUCUCUCUACUUCCUUUCGUUCUUAUCCUCUUCACCAUACCACCAUCUUCUUCCUCUUUGCGUUUAAUCUACAAAUCUUUUCCAAUUCGAAUUCGAAUUCCCCCAAUUCCCAUGAAACCCCCAUGUUUGGUUUCUUUUCAUUAUUCAAAUAUCCAUUCACAGCUCUGUAAUACCCACUUAUAGCAUCAUCUUUCAAGAAAUCAAAAUCUCAAUUGUUUUUCAGUCAUUUCUGUUGACAUAUCUUGAUUUUCUGUUAUAAUGUUGUCAAGAUCAUCGUUUAAUCUGCUUAACCUUGACGAUUAUUCGUGCGCUGUUGAUCGCGCUCGAAUACCCAGAAUCAUGACGGUGCCCGGAAUUCUGACGGAGUUUGAAGAAGAUAACAUUGCCGGCAACGGGGAAACGAGAACGGGAACGGGAACAGGAACGGAAACGGAUCAGGUAUCCGACGUCGUUUCAUCUGUUACUCCUGAACGCCGGAUUAUCGUUGCAAAUCAGUUACCGGUGAAAGCCCACCGCGACGGAGAAACGAACAAAUGGGUGUUCGAAUACGACCCGGACGCACUAGUGCUCCAACUGAAAUCCGGGUUCGGACCUGACGUUGAGUGCGUUUACGUCGGAUCCCUACCCGCCGAUAUCGACCCGUCGGAGCAAGAAGAAGUCGCUCAAACGUUGUUGGACAAGUUCCGGUGCGUUCCCACCUUCUUAUCUCUAGAAAUCCAGAACAAAUUCUACCAUGGAUUCUGUAAACAUUACCUAUGGCCUCUGUUUCAUUACAUGUUACCUGUGACCCUAACCCAUGGAGUCCGAUUCGAUCGGGCCGCAUGGCAAGCUUAUGUCUCUGCUAACAAAGUAUUCGCAGACAAAGUAAUGGAAGUAAUCAACCCAGAUGAAGAUUACGUCUGGAUACACGAUUAUCAUCUCAUGGUGAUGCCCACUUUCUUGAGGAAAAGAUUUCACAGAGUUCGGGUCGGGUUCUUCUUACACAGCCCCUUUCCCUCAUCCGAAAUCUACCGAACUUUACCUGUUCGUGACGAAAUCCUUCGAGCUCUAUUGAAUUGCGAUCUAAUCGGAUUCCACACAUUCGAUUACGCCAGACAUUUCCUUUCAUGUUGUAGCAGAAUGUUCGGACUCGAUUACAAGUCUAAAAGAGGCUACAUCGGCCUCGAAUACUACGGAAGAACAGUAAGUAUCAAGAUUUUACCAGUCGGAAUCCAUAUGGGUCAGAUAGAAUCCGUCAAAUCAUCGAUCAAAACAGCCAAAAAAGUCGAAGAAUUAAAGAAAAAAUACCAAGGGAAACAAGUAAUUUUGGGUGUCGAUGAUAUGGAUAUGUUCAAAGGAAUCAGCUUGAAGUUUUUAGCCAUGGGACAACUCUUGGAAGACUACCCUUCACUCAGAGGCUCCGUCGUCCUGGUUCAGAUCGUGAAUCCGGCUCGCAGCCGUGGCCAUGACAUUCAAGAAGUCGAAUACGAAACCCGAAAGGUGGCUCACGAGGUUAACCAGAGGUUCAGUCAAGAUGGAUACGAACCCAUCGUGUUUGUCAAUGGUCCAGUUUCAACCCAAGAUAAGGUCGCAUACUACGCCAUUUCCGAAUGUGUUGUAGUGAAUGCUGUUCGCGAUGGUAUGAAUUUGGUUCCUUAUAAGUACACAGUUUCAAGACAAAGUAGUCCCGAGUUAGAUAAAGCAUUAGGGAUUGAUGAAAACGAAUCGAAAGAGAGAAAGAGUGUGAUUAUAGUGUCGGAGUUUAUUGGGUGUUCGCCGUCGUUAAGCGGCGCGAUUAGGGUUAACCCCUGGAACAUCGAUUCAGUGACGGAGGCAAUGAGUUUAGCGCUCACGAUGCCGGAUAACGAGAAGAAACUCCGGCACGAGAAGCAUUACAAGUACGUUAGUUCUCAUAACGUUGGAUAUUGGGCGAAAAGUUUCGAUCAAGAUCUGGAGAGGGCGUGUAAGGAGCAUUUUCACAAACGGUGUUGGGGGGUUGGGUUCGGAUUAGGUUUUCGAGUGGUGGCGCUAGGGUUUAAUUUCAGGAAACUUUCCGUCGAACACAUCGUUUCUUCUUACAAAAAGACAAAUUCCCGGUUGAUUCUACUGGAUUACGACGGAACAGUGAUGCCGCAAGCAUCUGUCGAUAAAACUCCAAGCAAAGAAGUGAUUUCGAUUUUGAAUGUUCUCUCCGGCGACCCAAAGAACGUGGUGUUCAUCGUUAGUGGAAGAGGGAAAGAUUCGUUGAGCAAAUGGUUUGAUUCGUGUAAGAAUCUUGGGUUGUCGGCGGAGCAUGGGUGGUUGACGAGGUGGAAGGGUGAUUCUGAGUGGGAAUGUUGUGGUGGUUUAGCGGUGGAUGCUGAUUGGAAGAAGGUGGCGUUGCCGGUGAUGGAGCAUUAUACUCAGGCGACCGAUGGGUCUUGUAUCGAGCAAAAGGAGAGUGCUUUGGUUUGGCAUCAUCAAGAAGCUGACCCUGAUUUUGGCACGUGGCAAGCUAAGGAGCUUCUUGAUCAUCUUGAAAGUGUACUUGCAAAUGAACCUGUUGUUGUGAAACGUGGUCAGCAAAUCGUGGAGGUGAAUCCACAGGGUGUGAGCAAAGGGGCGGUGGUGGAGAGUUUGAUUACGAGUAUGCAAAGUAAAGGAAAGCCGUUGGAUUUCGUGUUAUGCAUCGGAGAUGAUCGGUCAGAUGAGGAAAUGUUUGAAAAAAUCGCGAAUUCGGUUUCGUUACAAGGGAUUGCGGAAGUGUUUGCUUGUACAGUUGGACAAAAGCCGAGUAUGGCAAAAUACUAUCUUGAUGACACUGUAGAUGUCAUCAAGAUGCUUCAUGGACUCGAAGCUGCUUCGAGUCAAGUCCCAAAAGGUUUGGGACUUGGGGUCUCGUUUGAAACAAGUGUUUGAAAAGUUACGGGUGGUUUUCGGUUUAUGUUUUUCUUUUUUAGUGUUUGAAUCUUUUUUACUUUUGGUGGUUGUUCAUGUAGACACACAUAAUCUCUUUGUACAGAGCGUAUACA